AUGGGAGUAACGGGACUUCUUCCACAUCUCAAGGAAAUCCAGGAGGCCAGUUCUUUAGAGAAAUAUAGAGGAAAAACCCUUGCAGUUGAUACUUAUGGGUGGUUACAUCGUGGUUUAAUAUCUUGUGCCCAAGAACUUUGUCAGGAUAAACCAACAAAAAAAUAUGUUACUUAUGUCAUGAAUCGAGUCAAAAUGUUGAAGCAUUUUGGUGUUGAGCCUUAUCUUGUGUUUGAUGGGGCUAAUUUACCAACUAAAGCUGAUACUGCCAAAGAACGUAGAGAAAAACGUGAAGAAGCCAGAAAGAAGGCAGACAAUUUUGUGAAAAGAGGUGACCGCAAGCUGGCUUGGAAAGAGUUCAUGAAAGCAGCCGGAGUCAGCCAUGAAAUGGCCAAAUCGAUUAUGGUCGAGUUAGACUUGCAUAAGGUCAAAUAUAUUGUUGCGCCAUAUGAAGCUGAUCCACAGAUGGUUUACUUGGAAAAAAUUGGAGCAGUUGAUGGAAUUUUGUCGGAAGAUUCAGAUUUGCUUAUUUUCGGAUGCCGUAGGCUAAUCACGAAGUUGAAUGACCAAGCUGAAUGUUACGAAAUAAACCGUGAUAAUUUUGCUCGGGUAAAGAAGAUUCCCUCGCUCGCUCAGUAUACCCCUGCUCAACUAAGACUAGUGGCAAUGUUAUCGGGUUGCGAUUAUACUAAGGGAAUUGCUAAUAUUGGUAUCAAAACUGCUUUCAAUUUAGUAAAAAAAUAUAAUAAUUUUGAUCGAGUAUUAAUUGCGUUAAGGUCAGAUGGUAAAAAAAUUGAACCUGAUUUCGAAGACGAGGUUCAUAAAGCCAAUCUCGCUUUUCAAUUUCAGAAAGUAUUUGACCCUUUUCAUCAGAAACUAACUACCUUGAACGAGUAUCCUGACGAUUUGGAUUUCGAUUUCGAGUUAUUAGAAUCCUGUUGUGGAAAGUCAUUUGAUAACGAAAUUCAUGUCCAGAUAUGUAAUGGUAAACUUAACCCAAAUACUCAUGACUUAUUACUUGCUAGAGAACAAAGUUUAGCAACAUUGAAAGGCAAUUCAGUUUAUGGCAUUCCAUCUACCAAAGCUACAACUGCAACCAAGACAAAAUCACUCACAAACAAUGGCAUCAAUGUUAAGAAGACAGGUAUUGACAGUUUCUUCAACACCAAGGCAAAUACCCAGCCCUUGACCAGUCCCAAAAGGACACAGACCAAUAGCUCCAAGAGAUCAUUGGCUCACAGAUUGCAUAGUGAUCCUACUGUAGAGAGACUCUCUCCUACGAGUAAGAAGAUCAAAAAGUAUACAGAGACUGUUGACCAGUCCUCUAGUGGUGGAAGCUCUAAAUUUUUCAAACCUAGAAAUAACGUUCCGACUCCUGAUAUCACGAUCAAAAAUAGAACAGAGACCUUUUUCGAUUCAAGCGCAAUCUCAGGAGAUUCAGAUAUUCCGGAUGAAUUUUCUUCUCCAGUUAAGAAUGUCCGUGCUAUAGGGGAAAUAGUUGAUACAAGGAAUGUCUUGAAAGAACUUGAACAAGAAGGUAGCAUAACUGAUAAUGAUGAAAUAGAUGACUCGUUGAAAAAUGACGCUAAAAUAUCUAAUCACAAUAAGGAAGACUUUGAUCUCUCUGAUGAAAAUGAAGAAAUUGAAGAGUCUCCUGUUAAAAAAAAGACCGCUACGAAACUAUCAUUAUUUGCAACAACAUUAAGAGAGAGAUUCCUGAUGAAAAAUACU